AUGUUCUCAACACAGCUCUCGACGAUGAUCACAGUAGCAGCCCUGAGCAUAACAUCCCUAACCCGCGCCGCCCCGACCCCCCAACUCGGCGGACUCUCGAGUUACAACAACGGAGGCCAAUUUGGUAAUUCGCAAGUCGGUGCCAAUGGGUACGGAAUGAACGGAUACAACAGCGGCUACAACGGCGGCCUGGCAUCUAACGGCGGCCAAUCGAGCUCGAACUCAUUCCAACAGUCAUCUGGCACAUCCACUCAAUCAUCUGGAGGCGCACUCAACGCCUAUGGCUCCGGAGGUGCUAACGGCUACGGUGCCAAUGGCUACGGCAUGAACGGGAUGAACAAUUACGGCUCCGGGUACGGUAGCGGCUCAUCCCUACUCGGCGGUGGACUAGGUUACGGCGGCAGACUAGGCGGUGGCUAUGGAGGAGGCAUGGGCUAUGGAUUGGGAGGAGGUCUUGGUGGCGGGUAUGGCCUCGGUGGAGGGUACGGAAUGGGUGGAGGGUACGGAAUGGGUGGAGGGUACGGAAUGGGUGGAGGCUACGGAAUGGGUGGAGGCUACGGUGGUGGUGGAGGAUUCGGUGGAGGAUUUGGAGGAGGAUUUGGAGGAGGAUUUGGCGAGGGGUACGGUGGAGGAGGCGGAGGAGGAUUCGGUGGAGGAGGCGGAGGUGGAUUCGGUGGUGGAUUCGGUGGUGGAUUCGGUGGUGGUGGUGGAUUCGGCGGAGGCUACUAA